CUGGGCUAGACCCGCCACCGCUACAGCUCUCGCCGUCCACCCACACCCGCACGCGCCAUGGUCGCAAACCGCGACGAGGCGCUGCGAGCCCUCGCCAUCGCACAGCGACACCUCGACAGCGACAACUACGACUCGGCCAUCCGCUUUGCGACAAAGUCGAUCCAGCUCGAACCCACACCCGAGGCCCGCAAGCUCCUCGACCGCGCUCAGCGCCUGCGCGACGGCGGCUCCUCCUCCUCCGCCUCGGCCGCCGCCUCAUCGUCGGCCACCUCGGCUCGACCCUCGGCCGCCUCGACCUCGCAGCGCACCACCACCUCGUCGAGCUCCACAGGCGCAAAACCCGCCCCGGCCGCCGCCGAGGAGCCCGCACAAGCCGCGCCCAAGCAGUACACCUCGGCCCAGCUCGCCGUCGUCAAGCGCGUCCGCGCAUGCCGCACCACGAGCUACUACGAGAUCCUCGAACUCGAAAAGUCGUGCUCCGACGGCCAGGUCAAAAAGGCCUACCGCAAGCUCGCCUUGAGCCUCCACCCGGACAAGAACCUCGCGCCCGGCGCCGAGGACGCUUUCAAGAUGGUGUCCAAGGCGUUCCAGGUCCUCAGCGACUCGAACAAGCGCGCCAUCUACGACCAGACGGGCAGCGACCCGGACUCGCGCGGCGGCGGCGGCGGUGGAGGUGGAGGCGGCGGGUUCGCGCGCUCGCCCUUUGCCGGCGCAGGCGGCGGGCAGUACGGCGGCGCCGACGACAUCUCGCCCGAGGACCUGUUCCGCGCCUUUUUUGGCGGCGGCGGCGGCGGGUUUGGCGGCGGCGGGCCUUUUGGCGGUGGGGGCGGUUUCCAGUCGUUCGGUGGCGGUGGCCCGUUCGGCGGGACGACGUUCCAGUUCUACGGGCCGGGCAUGGGCCGGCCGCAGCAGCAGCGACGACCAGGUCAAGGCGGCGGCGCAGGACGAGGGCAGCAGCAGCAGUCGUCGCCCUGGGUCCAGCUCGCGCCCCUCCUCCUCUUCUUCGCCCUCUCGCUCCUCUCGCAGCUCCCCUCGUGGCUCUCGUCGGCCUCGUCGGCCGCGCCCGACCCGUCGUUCGCGUUCGAGCCCCGCGCCCGGCACGGCCUCGCGCGCGACACGCUGUCCGGCACGCGGUACUACGUCGACGCCGACGAGUGGAGCCAGCACCCGCUGUUUGACGACGUCCUGACCGAGAACGCCGACGUCGUCGAGCGGGUCGUGACCGGCGCGGGCGCGAGUGAGGGUGCGGGCGCGGCAGGAGCGCCGGUGGGCGCCUUCUCGAGCUCGGCGGAGCCGGGUACGAAGCGGUGGAAGCGCGACCUGGCGGCGCACCUUUCGUCGCCGACGAGCGCGACCGCCGCCCCCGUCGCCGAGUCGUCCUCCCCUUCCUCCUCCUCCCCUUCUCCCUCCUCCACUUCACCCGACGCCGACGCCGACCCCGCCGCCCCUCUCCCACCCGUCCAGCUCCGCACGCCGCACAGCCUGCUGGGCUUUGAGCGCAGGGUCAACGAGGCGUGGGUCGCGAGGCUGCAGAACCUGUGCCGCAUGGAGCUCAACCGGCGGACCGACGGCCUCGAUCGCGCGAGGGGGUUCCUCGGUCUCGGCGCCGACCAUGCCCGCAUCAAGGAGAUCCUUGACACCAAGCUCCCCAACUGCGAGGCGCUCAGCAAGAUACCCGGGUACCGCGUGCAGUAUUAGAGCCGGGAUCGUGUGUCGAGCGCUCGCGAGGGCCGCUCUUGUUCGUCGUCACCCGUGUCGUUAUCGCAACUCGCAGUUGGACCCCA